GGCCAUCACUUAGCGGCGGCCAAUCACGCGGCGCGGCGGCGGGGCGGAGCCUCGGGCCGGCCAAUGAGCGCCGAGCCCCGCCCCGCGCCCGCCCCGCCGCCAGGGUGGGCGUGGUGGGCGGGAGGGCUGGCCGGACCGGGCCAACCCGACCCAAGCCAUUCACCUCCUAGUGCGAGGCCGGCGAGGGCGUGUGUGAGAGAGUGUCGCCCGCACGGUCACCGCCGCACGCCUCACGCCCGCCGCCGCUGCCGCCGCCGCCGCCACGGCUCCCCGGCCGCCGCCCGCCGCCAUGACCGCCCUCGAGCUGGAGGUGGACCAGGAGGAAGAGAUCAACGUGGACGGCGACAGCCGCCCCGGCUCGCCCGCUGCCCCGGUCCCGCCCCGCCCCUCCGGGGUCCGCGGCCCGUCCAAGCCGCCCACGGCCGCCCGCCUGUCCUUCAGCAUCUCGGCGCUGCUGGGCGACAAGGACCUCGGCAGCGACGAGGACGACCGCCGCGGCGAAAGCGACGACGACGACGACCACGACGACGACCAUGACGACGACAGCUACGAAGAGGCGGCCGACGACUACCACGUGGGCUACGGCGCCCUGGGGGGCCUGCCGCCGCCCUACGGCCCGCUGGCAGGCGGCGCGCCCACUGUGUUGCGCGUGCCCGCCCACCGGCCCAUGGGCGUGGGCUACCCGGGGCUGGCGGGCCUGGGCGCCGCGGGCGCCGCACACCCAUGGCUGCCCGGCCUGCCGCUGCCGCCCUUCGACAGGCCCACGGCCCUGGCGCCCCACUACCCCACCCUCGACAGACUGGCAGGCCCCUUCCCGCUGUCCCGCCGCGUCGGUCACCCCUACCAGUCUAGGACACCACCCAAACGCAAGAAGCCCCGCACCUCCUUCACACGCGUCCAGGUGAACGAGCUGGAGAAGCGGUUCAACAAGCAGAAGUACCUGGCGUCCAGCGAGAGGGCGCAGCUGGCCAAGCAACUCAACAUGACGGACGCCCAGGUCAAGACGUGGUUUCAGAAUCGGAGGACGAAGUGGAGGCGGCAGGCAGCGGAGGAGCGCGAGGCGGAGCGACAGGCAACCAACCGGCUCAUGAUGUCUCUGCAGGCCGAGGCGCUCUCCAAGGGGCUGCUGACGGACCCGCCCACCACGCCGCUCUACAACUCCAACGCCUCCCUCUGCGCCCUCGAGAACAUCAAGCCCUGGGCGGAGCGGAACAAGCCCACGCCCACACCCACCGGGGCUGACCAAGACUCCUACGGUAGCACUCCAGUCGUGUCCCCAACCUGUUCUUGAAGUCACCAACCGCACCCUCACCCACACCACCAGUUCGACCCCAAUCACCAGUAUCACCCCAUUCACCAACUCAACGCCCUCUACCGGUAUCCUCACAACUUCAACCACAACCAUUCCCAGCAGCAACAACGGCAACAACAACAAUGAUAAGUGUGAUUAGGUUAUGUUUGAUUGCUAUUGUUAUUGUUUGUGUCUCCUCCUCCUCCUCCUCCUCCUCCUCUUCGUCUCCCUCUUUCUCCUCCUCCUCCUCCUCCUCCUCCUUGAAAUACAGCUUGUCAUAGUAUCCCCCCAAAAGGCUCUCAAGUUACCGUCGCUGAUGUCCCGUUUUCUUCAGCUUUUUAUUAUUGUUUUUUUACACGGUUGAAGAUUUGUCGAAAGUAAAGGUCUCUCUCUCUCUCUCUCUCUCUCUCUCUCUCUCUCUCUCUCUCUCUCUCUCUCACCCUUGCAUUUUUCACCACGAGCAGCGACGCACAAAAACAAUUCUCUUCUGUCGUCCGGGUCGUUGAUUCGAAGCCCGGUGUCCGAACUUUUUUUUUUUUGCCAGAGUUCAUUUUGAAUUUUCCCGCGCACGCUCCUUGACGCUCGAUUCCGGAAAGUUUUGGCGAGGCGAAAAAACGCUUUAAUUCUUGGGUGUUUGGCGGAAGUUGAACAAAAAAGAAACAAGCAGAAAAACGACGAGAGAGAGAGAGAGAGAGAGAGAGAGAGGAACGGAAUAGUCUGAGAGAUCCGAUCUAUACCGAAACACAAAACGAAGCCCCGAAACACACGAUCUAUAGAACACUUUCAUGCUUCUAAAAAAAAAAUACCCUAAUUGAAGUGUAUAUCAUUUAAAGGGAAUGAAGACAGUGCUUACUUACCCAUCUAUAUAAAUACCUACCUACCUACCUGCCAAUCAACUACCUUCCUACCUACCUGUCUAUCUACUUACCUUCCUACCCACCUAUCUGUCAAUCAACUACCUUUCUACCUACCUGUCUAUCUACUUACCUUCCUACCCACCUAUCUGCCAAUCAACUACCUGUCUACCUACCUAUCUACCUACCUGCAAAUCAACCACUUACCUACAUACCUACCUACCUACCCACGUCCCUACCCACCCACCCCUCUCCAGCCCACUUUUACCCAUUCUUCCUCCUCCCCACUCACUUUCACAUCACGCCUCCACCCUCCUCCACCUAUCUCCCCCCCCCCCCACCCCACCCCGUGUCUCAGUGCCAGAGAGUCUACCCGUGCGUCACCUGUGCUCCUUUACCUGGUCACCUGUUUUCAUUUAUAAGGGAAUUCUUUUUUUUUAUUUAUUGUUUUACUUUCCCACCAAUAUGACUCGUUAACAAGCUACCUGUGUGUUACCUGCAUUCCUUAACAAUUACCUGGUCAUAUAUGAAUAAGUUUUUUUCCUACAUGUUAUUUUUUUUCCUUUAAUUUUAGUUCCUACGAAAAUGCAUCGCUUAUCGUGGUGUGUCAAAAGGAAUUGUUAUUGUUUUUCUAUUUUUAUCGGGUUCUAAUUACUUUAGGCUCACGUGAAGCUCCACAAUACCUUUCCUUUAUUUCUUCCAUUAUUACUAUUAUUGCCAUUAUUGUUAUUAUUACUCUUAACGGUAACCAAUACGUGUACAGAACUGGUCCUCUAUUCACUCAUAACCCCCCCCCCCCCCAUGCACCCCACACCUCCACACUGAAUUCCCAUGCAAGGACUCCUCACACUUACACCCACAGGAAUUCACCCCCACAGUUUAUUACACCCACAUCACUGCACAAAAGCAAACACCCACACCAAAACACCCAUACAAGAAGAAACACACCCACGCUAUUACAUAAUCCCACCCACAUCUGAAACAAACAUACCCGCACGACAAUAUACUCACACAGAAAACAAGCACGCCCACACUAACAAGCAAACACACUAAAACAAGCACACCCACACUAUUAGAUAACAACACCCAAUCCACUUUCUCACCCACAUCAAAACAAACACACCCACAUUAGAACAUACCAUACCAACACAAGCAGACCACACUAUUCACCUCCACACCCACACCCACACCCACACCAUACCAAUAUACACCCACACCCACACCCAUCCACAUCUAUGAGUCUCCCUAUAACAGCUAAUCAAACUUGAGUCAUGUCAGCGUAUGUGUGUAUGUAUGUGUGUGUAUGUAUGUGUGUGUGUGCGUAUCACAAUAAGUUAUCUCGAUGUUUUAUCUGGUGGUGUGUACGUAUAUGAGUUAUGUCUUUAAGUGUGUGUGUGUGUGUGUGUGUGUGUGUGUGUGUGUGUGUGUGUGUGUGUGUGUGUGUUACGUCAUUCUGGUCUCUGUGUACCGAGGUCGUAGAGGUGUUUGUACCGUGGCAUCCCCUAAUUAACAGGCUAUACAUAUAUACAUAGAUUUUGUGACUGUGUGGCAUUAUUUAAUCUCUCAUUGUCUAAUAAUAAUGAUAAUGAUGGUGAGAAGCGACGAUACCCGACGAUGUGUUAAUAGUGAUGAGGUGUGUGUGUGUGUGUGUGUGUGUGUGUGUGUGUGUUCAGGAGGUGGCGAGGUGAGGCAUAAUUAAUACACAUCGAGGGAACAGGUGACUCAUUAUACCUGCUGUUAAUUACGAAAUGAAGGUAAUGAUUAGUGUUGUUAUUAUUAUUAUUAUUAUUAUUAUUAUUAUUAUUAUUAUUAUUAUUAUUAUUAUUAUUACUAUUGUUAUUAUCAUUCAUUAGCAGAGAAAACAAAUACAUGUUCAUCAAAAUAAAGAAAACUACAGUUAUCAUUAUUGCUUUUACUAUUAUUAUUAUUAUUAUUAUUAUUAUUAUUAUUAUUAUUAUUAUUAUUAUUAUUAUUAUCAUUAUUUUUUUAUUAUCAUUAUGUAACUGAAACACACAUGACACAGCCUCACCUCCAUCCUCCCCCCCUUACACCAAUCACCUUCCUGGUCACCUGAGUGUACACCUGCGGAAGCCUUCACCUGUGCGCGCCCCGAGGCAGGCCACCCCCCACGCCCCGCCUGUGUGUGUACAUUGUGUAUCAUAUCGGUCUGUUUGUAAAUUAUUUGUACAUAGAGGCGCGGACCCGAUCAGUGUUUGUGUAAUAACUUGUAAAUAACUCAGAAUAAAGUGAGACCAUUU